AUGUCACCCAGUGGCUUGCUCAAUCCGCCUUUUGAUCAACACAACACCUCUAUCUCUCUGUUUGUGUCUCUGUCUCCGUCCUCCCAUUCCCCAUUCUCUCUCUCUCUGUUAACCCUCUCUCUUCACUCUGUCCCUCUAUCUCUGUCCCUCUAUCUCUCUCUCUAUCCUGUCUCUCUGUCUCUGUCUCUGUCUCUGUCUCUGUCUCUCUCUCUCUCUCUGUCUCUGUCUCUCUCUCUCUUUGGUAUCACUGGCGUUUGGCGGUCUGUAUUCGUGCAUGUGUGUGUGUGUGUGUGUGUGUGUGUGUGUGUGUGUGUGUGUGUGUGUGUGGUGGCCUUGCCAUCUUUUCUUUG